UUAAAUCAAAUCGUGUGCACAAACCUCUUUGUAAUCAUUAACUGGAAGCCUGCGUGCAGCGUGACAGAGCAUGUUUUGCACCCGGUUCUGUUGUUCACUGAACGCUAUAAAAGAGCCGCCCUUUCUCUGUCAUUCACAACCCGCCUUCCCACUGAGAAAGCAUCUUCUUCUGUAGCUGGACACCAACACCUAAUUUGCUUAAAGAUGGACCCUUGCGACUGCUCUAAGACUGGAACCUGCAACUGCGGAGGAUCCUGCACAUGCACGAACUGCUCCUGCACCACCUGCAAGAAGAGCUGCUGCUCCUGCUGCCCAUCCGGCUGCAGCAAGUGUGCCUCCGGCUGCGUGUGCAAAGGGAAGACCUGUGACAAGACUUGUUGCCAGUGAAGACCCUCCACCAGCUUCGUCCUGCCCAUGAGGCUGCUGAAAUGUUUUUUUUGCACUUUUUCAACUGUGUAGAAAAUUAGAUUUUGUAACUGUGUGCAGCGAUAAAAUAAACAUGAUGUAAAACAUAAA